UUGUCUGUGUUUCCUCUUUUGUCUCUCCCUUAAACAUAUGACUGAUAAACAAUAAUGGCACAAAAACUAUUGAGUAAUGAACUUGCUUUUCCCCUGAAAUGGUCAAUUACAAUCUACAACUACCUCCAGGGAAACCACCUGUGUUCCUAUGACAAUAAGGUCAUGUUGAUGUUUUGGUGAAUGGACCACUACAGUUCACUAUGUAAUUUCUAUCGAUUUGUAUUUGUUAUGGAAGAUAUUUGACAGUUUAACUUUUUCUGUGUUUGUGCUGUCAGCAUAAAUGUUGUCUUCACUAACUGGCUGACAGAGAUGAACAAACAAUACAACUGCUGUAUUUCACAAUGGUUCUGGCCUAUAAUUAAAUUAAAGAGAUUCGGCGCCUAAUUUUGUCACUGAGAGUACACAGGUUCCAAAUCCAGAUGUUUACCUGUGCUGAUCUCAGCUAAAUGUUCAACAUUAUUUCAAACAUGUCACAGUUUUGCAUGUCAGCAAAUCCCACAUAUUGACAUGGAUGGGCAACAUUAUUACUCAUAUAAGCUAUGAUGAAAAGUGAUCUAUUUCUGCCAUGGACAGCAUUUCCUGCAAGAAACUUAUAGGUAUUUCUCAUAAUCAUGGUCCAGUCAGCAGAAAAACAACAGCGGGUAAGUGUAUUUUCCUCCUUCUUAGCCGUUGUCUGAACUGUGUAACCCACAGUGUUUAUAGUGUAAACACUCCUCAUCUGUUUUUAACAGGCACCAUAGUCUGAGGCAACUUCAAAGCUGAGGUUCUCUUAUAUCAGCGAAAUGAACAGGGAAAACCGAUGCCAGGGCAGCCCUUAAAAGGCUACUGACUUAACAUAUUUACAUUCAGUACUUAAUUACCCAGAAUAACCUGUGACGUUACUGGCAGUAGUGCAGUUAAAAUAAGAGAAAUCCUGUGACUGCUGGGCUACUACACCACAUACUUUCCUCAGGAAUGGAAUGCUGCUGCUGCUGCUCCCAAGUCAGAUGGAGGGAGGAGGUGGUUUUCUCUCAGUUAAUGCACAUUUUUUGAAGACCUUGUAGUGUAGACCUGACCAUAACAGAGUGAGAAGAGGAGACUGUGAGAGCAGCAAGUUUAUGAUUUCCUUUUGAAACUUAUGAGGUUUUUUUUUUUUUUUUUGGCGGCACCGUGAAGUGACUUUGUACAAAUUAGUUUUGUAAAGUAAGCAAAAGCAGUCGCCAGCAGUAUCUAUCUUCUAUUUAUGGCCUCCCCCCGGCCCCCCUUCCCAGACUGACGUCAGCAGAAAGUUAUUUUCAUGAAUGGAGGGGGCGGUCACGAGGAAUCGGUGACGUGAGUGCUUGCGGAAGCAGAGCGUGGAAUGUUGGUACAUUGUUGUUGUUUUGUAGUUAAUUUAGUACGAGGAUACACCGCUGCCCGUCCGCUGGACGCUCUACACCAACUGUGUCAAGUUACUGCGUCGCCUCUAUCAGGACCCUACUCCGCCACUUUUUUUACGCAUUCCGGUCCGGUCCGUCCACAGAGUGUGUCUUCUGUGAGAUUCUGGCCAGUUGUCUGCAUGCAGGGAAUGACGACUCAUUUUAAGACGAGCAAAGCUUUAAAGGUCAAGAAGGAGGUAGGCGAGAAUGCCCCCGCACUCAGCGACGAUGAGUUGGUGGCCAUGUCCGUGCGGGAGCUCAACCAGCAUCUGCGUGGGCUGACCAAGGAGGACGUCGUGCGGUUGAAGCAGCGGCGGCGGACCCUGAAAAACCGGGGCUACGCCGCCAGCUGCCGCAUCAAACGCGUCACCCAGAAGGAAGAGCUGGAGAGACAAAAGACAGAGCUGCAGCUAGAGGUGGACAAGCUGGCCCGCGAGAACGCCAGCAUGAGGCUGGAGCUGGAUGCCCUGCGAGCCAAGUAUGAGGCCCUGCAGUGUUUUGCCCGGACUGUGACGCGCGGGCCCCUCUCGCCGGGCAAGGUGGCCACCACCAGCGUCAUCACCAUCGUCAAGUCCGCCAACCACAACAACUCCAGCCCGACCCCGUUCUCAGCUCCCUCCUAGUGUCGACAGGACUGGGCUCUCUUUCUCCUGCCUGGUCCUUCCCGGUUCUGACCCAGCCUGAACCCACCCAUCCUGUGCUGAGAGGACGCUCAGUAGUUAAGACUGAAGGAUGGAAUGGGGUGGCAAGCUCUAUGUGAUGUAAUGCUGAAUUCACAACUCUGUCUCCCUCCUUCUGUCUCUCUUACACAAUCUACAUUGUCUGUGCACUGUGCAAACCCCCCCCUCCUCCCCAGACCCCCAGCACCGGCAGGGUAAUGUGCCUCUGUGACCCUACCUCCCUGACUGAUAGCAGAGAUUUGCUUUUACUCCAGUGUGAAGAAGCGCUUGAUAUGCCUUAAUGUGGUAGCAGUGGUCUAAGACAGCUUUGAUACUUAUUGCUAUUAAGCAUAAAACCUGAGAGAUUUAAGUAAGGUAUAUGUGACAGUGAAGCUAUUUACAAAGCCUUUGCCAAAUUGAGCCUUUGAAGCUUUUGCAUUUAAAAGGAUCUAUGAUUGAUCCGUAUAAAUUAUCUCACAUGUAGUUUAACACACAGAAGAUUUGUUGUAAGGUCAGGUGGACACCUCUUCAUAACCACAGUUACCAGUGGUUUGCAACCACAUGCCUUUAAGAGCCAGCCAAUCACAGCACUGAUGUCCCUCUUCUCUUUCAGAAGGUGUAAAGCAGUAAUAAAAAAAAUCACCUGUUGUAGAGUUUGGUUGAAGUGAAAUCCUCUACAUGGCCCCUCAUGGUCCGUAUGGAGCUCUGCAUUAUGCAGCAUUAUGACCAAGGGCUCUAGUAGUGAUACAGGAUUGUUUAUAUUUCUGUCCUGAUUAUGCAAAGUUUUGCACAGUCUUCAGUCAUGCCAAAUAGUUUAGUAUUUAGUUUUAGAAAAUAGUCAGUUCUCUCCAGGAAAAAUAAAUUUUUCAGUUACAUUUUUCACUAGUUUGAGAACUUUAAAACUCCACCAUUAGGCCAGAAGUUGUAUUUAAAUCUUUGCUAGAAUAUACUGAAGAGGUUCUUUUGUGCAUUUUUGUCAACCUACUUGCAGACACCUGCAGGGUGGAGCACAUCUGAUGCAUCUUAAAUUUGCUGUCAUAAUAGCUCAUCCAUGUGCUGACUUGUGCUUUGUAUCUUGGUUAAGAAAUUGUUUGUUGAAGACAUUGGAAGCUGUUGGGAAGGUGCUACAUGUGAUCCUGUUGGUGUCUCUGUGGCCCUAUUGAACAGAGAAAUGAUUCACAGUUUCUGCUUAUAUUAUUUUGAAAUGCAAGAGAGUUGAAUUAUACUUGAUUUCAACAGAAGGGAGACUUGGGAGGACUAAAAUGUAAAACCUGAAAAAUGAUUAAGGAUAAUUUUGGGCCAGAUUUGUUUGGAUUGAGCAGAUCUGACGUUGCCCAGUGUCUCAUUAUAAAGCACUUAAAGGAAACUGUUAAGAUACAGUAUAAAAGAAAACAAUUCAUAGGUAAAUUGAGUCCUAGAAUUGGAGAUGAUGACAGAUAGAAACUACUCUUGCAUUUCUAAAGUUACUGGGGCUCAAGUGCAUGAUGAUUAAAUGUGGUGUGACCACACUUAGCCUUAUGUAAUUGAGGAUGGUAUACUCUCUGAUAAGUAUAUCACAGCACUUACUGGGUGAUGUUUUGCCUCUUUCCUUUACAUGCCACUCUUUGGUAGGUAAUCCAUAUUGGAUAUAGUGUAAUGAGAGCGGUCCUUAAAAGUGAAAUGCAAUUCAACUUACUUCCUGUAUAUUACAGAUUACCGAAACGAUAAAGCUCCCACUGCCACCGUUGUUACUUCACAUUGAGAACUCCGUCCAAAUAGAAAUCAUUCCUACUGCUGGGUCACGAGAAGUGCUGCUGCCGGUGUUGGUAACUCUGAAACAGUAGCUAUUUACUUUGCUUUUGACACACUCUUCUGCAAGAGAACUCCUGACGCCCAUCUCUAGAAAUAGUGGUGUCACGACAGUUAAAUGCAGUAAACACCUUUGUCCUGUUGUACGUUUUGAGAUAUUUAAAUAUGAAAGUCACUUGAAAUAAAAAGCCGUUCUUACCGAGGAUCCAUUCCUAAUUCGGAGUGAAGUCAAUAGAGAUUGUUCAUGUCAGGAUUUUCUCUUGGCUAAGAGGACAUGACUGUUCUUCCCCUGUUCCAUAGCUGCAAAGAACAGUAUGGGGAACUUUGCUGCUGUACAACCUGCUGUGAUUUUUAAGCAGGGGCAUUGCUGUGUUCUUACUCUCAUUUUGUAUUUUCACUUGGUUUCUAUGUUGAUACAACCUAUGUUCUCUUUCUGAUACUUAGUUUUAUAUGCAUAUACAGUAUAUAAAAUAUAUAUAUUACAUAUUUUUCUAUA